AUGGCCGUCUCCGCAGAUGCAGCUGUUAUGGAACUUCUUGAUAGCAGUAACUAUGUGGAUUGGAGUGUAUGGGUUAAAACUUACUUGUUGGCUCAAGACCUUUGGGAUGUAGUGGAACAAGACGAAGAAGAAGAAGAAGCUGAUGAUAAGUUCAAAGCUUGGAGGGAGAAGAAUGCCACGGCUUUACAUACAAUCCAAAUUUCGUGCGGGCGGGAAGCUUCUUCCCUCAUUAGAAACACCAGUUCAGCCAAACGCGCUUGGGAUACUUUGGCAGAAAACUUCAAGCCAAAACCAGGAUAUUACAAUGACUUCCAUCAAUGUCAGCCGUUGUUCGAUGCUGUGUGGAGUGGGGAUUGGGAUGAAGCAAAGCAGUUUCUUACCCUACAUCCCAAUGCAAUAAGAACAAGACUUCCAUCUACAAAAGAGACAGCUCUUCACAUGGCAACACAACUAGAGCACGAGCAUAUUGUGGAAGAGUUGAUGCAGGUGAUGUCAGAGGAAGACUUGGAAAUAACCGAUAAUGAUGGUUGGACAGCUCUUGCUCUUGCUGCAAGUAGAGGAAAUAUAAAAAUGGUUGAAUGCAUGAUCUAA